AUGGAAGCUCACACCGACGCUCAGGGCUUGUCGGCUGAUGACGGCGCCGUCGCGGAGGACGUUUUGGCUUGGUUGUUGAUGGACGACGAUGGGUCCGGCGGAGAGCUUAUGAACCUGUUGGAGCAAGUGGAAGAUGCGGUGGCGGAACCAGAAAGCGCAGUGGGUAGAGUGAGGUUCAUCGACGACCCGUACUCGUCGCUUUUGGUUUUUCAAUCCUCUUCGUCGUACAUCACCAUAAACGGCAAUGAAGAGAGCUGUGGGUCUUCGUUCUCCGAUUCCGGCACGUCCGUGAUGGCCAGCGUCGACACGAAUGGGUUGAGGAGGAAGCUGGUGGAUUCGGUGGAAGCGCUGAGCAAGGAGAAAAGCGCGUCGGCUUCGCGCAAUGACACAACGCGUGAGGAGGGUGCAGUGAUUGGGUGUAACGAGUUUGAUUGCGAGUGGGAUGAUGGAGUUCUGGCGAGGUUCCUCGGGGAAGGAGAAGGAGAAGAGGGCGUCUUCUCAGAAAACCACUGAAGAUACGACCGAGGUUUUGUCGUCUUCUUCUUCUUCGAUCUUCUCAUUUUCAUUUUUGUUAAAUUUUUUGAUCCUCAGAAGGGAAAAUGGGAAGUAGGAAAUAGAAAAUAUGUCGGUGGGUGUGCAUUUUGUGAAGAAGAGCAUG